AUGCUCAACGAAUUGAACGAAGUAGGGAAAAGAAUAGGACUGCGAAUUGACAGAAAGAAGACCCAGUUCAUGAAGAACGCCUACUGCGAGGACAGAGGACCACAACUUGAAGGCUCCCAAAUCGUGGAAACUUCGUCAUACGUAUACCUCGGACGUUCUAUGAACAUGGAAAACGACUUGAAGGAAGAACUGAAUAGAAGAAAGAGAGCAACAUGGGCAGCAUUUGCAGCCGUCAGUGAAGCUACGGACCAACCGAGGGACCAAGAUCUUCGUGCUCAUCUGUUCGACUCGACAGUUCUUCCAGCGCUCUGUUACGCAGUGGAGACGUGGGCAGACAUCGCUGCAAGGUCUAGGAAGCUACUUACUACCCAGAGCUUUUGA